GCCAGAGAGAAAUGCCUCUUCGUCUCGCCUCCGUGAAAUCAGAGGCAGUGGGAAUAUGGCAUCACAAACCUUCCAACGAUGUAUGCUCCACGACUGAGUCACAGAGACUCCUAGGCGAAGUUGCGAUGUUGCUGUGUUCAAGAUCUCGUUUGGUGUCCAUGCCAACUACAUGUGGAAUGGACACGGAAAGGUUACUCAGAGGGCAAAUUGGAGCUGAUGGCUUCACGUCUGCGGCACCUGUUGAAGGAGAACGCAAAACUGUGACAGUGUUUAAAGCAGGCCCAUCCUUGGGUCUUCACAUAAAAAAUGAUGGUUCGGGUUAUGCACUCAUCAAAGGUGUCGAUCCAGGAAGCAUUGCGCACAAAGCUCCUGGGAUCUGCAUCGGGGAUCGUAUAGAAGCCAUAAACGGCACGACUGUUGUUGGUACCGGGCACCGUGAUGUAGCUGCUAUGAUAGGAGGGCUUCCGGUCGGAGAGAUGAUCGUCUUUCGGUUGAUCGAGCCUGAGAGCAGCUCAGCUCCGCCCAGACGCCGGCAGUUACUGAAGAGUAAGACAGUCUCCAAUCCAAGUGAUUUUUGCUAUGGCCGUUGAUAGAUGAAGAAUUUGCAGAUUUCCAGUUCCCAGUUGAUUUUAUAUUUGACAUUUGGGGUGCAGUGUGGGAUGGUAGAAGUGGAAGGUUGAAAUUGUUAUCAGUUUGAAAACAUGUUACUUACUCCUUGAUCAAAGUCCAAAGUGUUUUGUUUCACCGACACAGGUUGUCUGAAUGUCGUCUGAAUGAGCAUGAAAAAAAAUGCAAGU